AAGUAGUGGUGAUCGUAACUUAGUGGAAGCGGUUGGUGGAUGCGCGAGUGACUUCGGAAAUUUAUCCAGGAUUCAGUGCGAACUGCUCGCGGUGCGUGUCGCGUGAGCGGUGUGACAUGGGUGAUAAUAACAUCGCGCUUCGUCCGUAUUUCGAACAGAGUGGAUUCUACCAGAGGAGCUCUGGCGACCAGGGCUACCCACCCGGCUUCCUCGGCUUCCCCAACUACAACCAGACCCGGAGUCAGGAGUCGCCCUUCAACGACGCGGCCAGUGCGUGCAAACUCUACCCCACGAACGAUGUGUCGGCCAACGCGUACAAAGUCGACUGCUCCAAGGAGCAGAACGGCUACAGUUCCAAGGACCUGCCCAGCUGGUCGGCAUCUGCGGCGGCCGUGGCCGGGGCCGGCCGGUUCCCGGGCUUGCCGGGCGCCGCCGUUGACCCGAGCCGGGAUCGGCAGGCGGCCGCCUCCAACUGGCUGGUGGCCUGCAACCAGAACACGGGCCAGCAGAGCUCCCAGCUGGUGCAGCAGCCCAGCCAGUACGCCACCACGCCCAUUUACCCGUGGAUGGCCAUCGCAGCUUCGGAGCGUGCCAAUUACCCAGCCUGGCUGCAAAGUCACGGUCCACACGGACUGCGGCGGCGGGGUCGACAGACGUACACCCGCUACCAGACGCUAGAGCUGGAGAAGGAGUUCCACACCAACCACUACCUGACCCGCCGGCGCCGGAUAGAGAUGGCGCACCAGCUCUGCCUGACAGAGCGCCAGAUCAAGAUCUGGUUCCAGAACCGGCGCAUGAAGCUGAAGAAGGAGAUCCAGGCCAUCAAGGAGCUGAACGAGCAGGAGAAGCAGUCGCAGGCGUCCAAGAUGGCGGCGGGCAUGGCGAACAGUGGCGGAGCCCCCGGGCCGGAGCGCCGAGCUUUCGCGGAUGAGCCGAACUUCGCGGCCGAGCCGGGCUUCGAGGCGGAACUAGGCUUCGAGACGGAGCCGGGCUUCGCGACCGAGCCGGGCUUAGCGGCGGAGCUGGGCUUUGCGGCCGAGCCGGGCCUCGAGACGGAGCCAGGCUUCGAGGCCUCCUCUGUUCUCGUGUGGGAGGAGCCCCAGUGCCGCGACUCGGAGCGUUUCAAAGAGAGCGCCGCCGUUCUCGACCGCCAGAUGUCAAGGUCGACCGCCUGCAACAUUUGA